GGUUUUCGAUUGGUCCGAAUCCUCAGAAGCAACAGUCAUUACUCUGUUUUCAUAUGAACACUCUUCAUCCUCACAAGCAGCAACAAGAACAAGAACAAGAAGACCAAGCUAAAUACGAAUGGGAUCUUUCUCUCUCCACCGUCGUCUCUUCCUCCUCCUCCUCCGCUUCCGACGUUAUCGGAGCUAUUGAAUUCGAUCCCACUGAUAACAUCGUCGCUACCGCCGGGAUUUCUAGAAAGAUUCGUUUUUACGGCCUCCCUUCUCUUUUACGUACCAACGCCGUCUCCGGCACCGGAGUUUCCUUCGUCGAUCAAGCCACCGCCUGCGAGUAUUACAUUUGUACGCCGGCAAAGCUUAGUAGUCUCCGGUGGAGACCCGGGUCGGGCGGUCGUGUUAUUGGGUCGGGAGAUUACGACGGCGUAGUGACUGAGUACGAUCUCGAGAAGAGGACGCCGGUUUUCGAAAGGGACGAGCACGGUGGCCGCCGCGUAUGGAGCGUGGAUUACACUCGCCACGGCGGUGCUUCCGCAGUGGGAGCGUCGGGAUCGGACGACGGGACUAUGCAAGUAUGGGAUCCGAGGUGUCCGCCGGAGGAAUCUGUCGGCGUUGUACGACCGUCGGGGAUUUGCCGGAGCGCCGUUUGUUGCGUCGAGUUUGAUCCUUCCGGUGGACCAGCCGUGGCCGUCGGAUGCGCUGAUCGGAAAGGGUACGUGUACGAUAUAAGGAAACUCGUUGACCCGGCGUUGACUUUACAAGGUCAUACUAAAACGGUGUCGUAUGUGAGGUUCCUCGACGGUGGUAUGGUGGUGACGGCAGGUACGGACGGUUGUUUGAAGUUGUGGAGCGUAGAGGACGGGCGUGUGAUUCGCACGUACGAAGGGCAUGUGAAUAAUCGGAACUUCGUGGGGUUAUCUGUGUGGAGAAACGGCGCGUUGUUUGGUUGCGGAUCGGAAAACAACAGGGUGUUUGUGUACGAUAGGAGAUGGGGGAAGCCGGUUUGGGUAGAUGGGUUUGAACCGGUUGGUAUGAAUUCUGGUUCGGAUAAGCGGUUCGUGAGUAGCGUCUGUUGGAGGCAAUCAGGUGUGGACCAGUGCACCCUAGUGGCUGGAGGAUCUGAUGGAGUAUUACAGGUUUACGUGGGCAAAAGAAAACCAUAGUAUUCUUCUUAAUUUAUCAUUACACUAUAUUUUAUAAAUUAUGAAUCUAUGA